UCGAAACUGCUAAACUACAUUUGAGAAAAUACACAUAUCGAACGAUGCAUCUAUCAUGAGUGGAACACCGGCAUUUGAUCUGGGGAGCGACCCCAUAGGCAGGAAUUGAUAUCAAGUCCCUAGGAUACCCGGAUAUAUCCUUUAACACUUUGGGCGCCAAAACUCAACGCCCAGAUUUCUUUUUCGAUAUGCGUAAUACAUUUCAUUCUUUUUCCUUUAAAAUACAAAUCCCAUGCUUAUCAUUGAAAUUCCAUCUUUCCAAUUAUGCUCAUUAUGGAGGAUCAAAAAAAAAUUAUGCUCAUUAUGCACUAGACGUUUCCAUACAAGUCGUCUAUUUUCACAAAUUCAACAUUUUAUAGUCGCAUUACAUUAAAAAUAAAUUAUGUAACCAAAGUAUAUUCGUAACUCACCUUUGAAGAGUGAAACCCAAGCUAAUAUACGUACAAAUUCUAAUAGCCGGCACCCAAACUGUGGAAAGAGAGAGGGAGCUCGCCGACCUUGUGGCUCGCCAGUGAUGGGUCACGCCGGAGCGGAAAAUGAUCGGAGAUGGAAGCGUCGAUGAGGAUAGAUUGGCAGUGGAUUUUCUCUAAUUAAUGGAAAAGAGAGGAUAGAUUGCCUCCGUGAUGAAGCCUUCCCUUGGAUAGCAACCAUGUUCGGACUUUCACCGAAUUUGGAGACCUUAGUUAUGACCAAGUCGUCUUCCAGCUCUUUCUGGGGUUGUUGGAAGAAUGAAAUUGAUUGUGACAAUGCAGAGCACUACUGGACAGCCCAAAAGAGGAUUUUCAAGUGUUUGUCGCCGCAUCUCGAAGAAGUUGUGUUUGUUGAUUUAAGUUGGUUUCACGAUGAAUCCAACUUCUUCUCUUUUGUACAAUUUCUUUUGAAGAUGCAAAGGUGCUGCAAAAGAUUACUCAAAAUGUCAAUGCUAGGUGAUGCAUUGCCAAAGGAAUUUUUUGUAGCAGCUAACAAGUUGUUGACCUUUCCAAGAUCCUCUCCUGAUGCAGCAGUUAUGUUCUGCAAGUGAAAUGGACAACUAAGAGUAACUCCACUUUCUUGCUGAAACAUGCAUUCCUUUUAUCAUUACUGGUUUCACAUUUAACUGUUUCUAUUUUGAUAGUGCUUGUAGCCGUGUCUGAAGACUGAAUAUUGUUGGCUUUACGGGAGAUGAGGGUAGACUGAAUCUUGUUGGCUUAAAAUGCAAAGAUGCUAAAGACUGUUGAUUCCGGUGUUAUGAAGGGACAGGUUGACAAUUACAUAGAAGUGUGUGUAUCUCCAAGUUCUCUGAAGUGAGCAAAACUUGUUUAGUUCUCCGAGAACCACGUUUGAAGGGAGUAACCAUGUUCUCUCAGCGACACCAUGAGUUUCCUUAGUUAGAAUUGCAUUUGUUUCAGCAACUGCUAUUGUGAGAUUUGUAACCAAUGGAUGUGCCCCUGUGCAAAUGAGUAUGCACGUUUAUUUGAUUUGCUUCAGUCUAGACUGCUUAUUUGCUUAUUCAAAAAAUAUAUGCUAAUGCUUUGCUUGUCCA